ACGCCACUUUUAAAAGCCAAAGGCAGACGUAUAAUUUGGAAAAGUAACGAGUCAGGAAUUUCGCCAUGAGAGAAAGUGACAGAAAAGAAUGGACUUGACGUUCCUCACGCGGCCACAAGUAUGAAUCCUUGCAGGGAUUGCUGAGCUUUAUUGGUUGAUUUUUAAUGUAUACAGUAUAUGUAUGUGUGCGUCUGUAAAUCUAUACUGUUUGGUCUUAUAGAUCGUUAUGUUCCCUUCUUAAAGGAGCUUGCUGGCUUUUAAGUGCCAAUUACAGCACGCUUGCUAAUGAUUGCCAUAAUACUGUAUUUCAUAAAAACCUCACAUGCAAUAAAAUGUGACUUUUGUGUGCCACCCACACUCUUCAGCAUCCAGUUUACGCACCCCCUCUCCACUGCAUGCAUCCAUAAAAAUAUAACAAAAGAUCAUUUCAGUGUAAAUUAGAAAAAAAAAAGUUUUUCACUUUUGCAACUAAUGCGCAACAUUGAUAUAAACAACACCCGAAUUGAAGACAACAUUUUGCUAAUUGCUCUCUAAUGACUGAUUUGUAACUUUGAUACCAGGACUUGCACAUCAAGAAGGAAACACAUAUUGAAUUAUUGUCUGCUGUCGUGGGUGAUGUGCGACUUUCGGCCGAGACUUGCAACUAGAGAAGCAAAGAGUUUUGACUGGUUUUGCAAACUUCGCAUUGACCAUACAGAUAAACCACUCUUCUCGAGCUUUCCACUGUAAUGAUUGAUGUGCAGCGUUGUCAACAGUGUUCCCGCUCCCCCUCCUUUGCGCGUUUCAUCUGGUGUCAAAAGGUAAGUAGCUUUAUUUCACUUUUUUUCUGAGCGUACUUAACCUCUGUCGACACAUGGAUGACUGUGAGGACUCUUAAAAUGUUACAGCUUUUUCCAUUUACUGAGUAAUUUUACUUUCUAGGUCCACGAUACCCUGGUUAAUGUUUCUUUACAAUUGCUUGGCUGUCAAAAGGUGUGGUUCGUAGAUGGCGUGUCAGAUGUCUUCAAAAUUGGUGAGUCGUGGUACUUUAUAAUAUUGAAGUCCUUUUUUUACAUAUGAAUGACAGUGAGAAAUGGAAAAACGUCAAAAGAUUGCUUUACAGUUAAUACCGAUUAAUGCACUUUCCAUGGUUUCCAAUGAAAAAUUGGUCUUUUGGGGGAAGAGAAAAAAAUACAUCUUUUGACUGUUUCCAGCUGCCAAAGUCAUUGAAUGCGUCACAGUCUGGAUUCGCCGACAUUACCGGUCAGUGUAGUGACGUGUCGUUGGGGGAAGCAAUUUUGUUUUCCCCCCAGACCACCCCCACUCCCUUCCACCAUCCAUUCUCCCUCGUUCACAUACGAGGGAAUAAAAUUGCCAGUCAGCGGAAAGUAGCUUUUGAGGGUUUUUCUGCACCGUACAGGAAGAAAAAUGACUCAAAGGCUCACUGUCCGUCUGGGAUUACACUAAGGUGAAUGAAGAAUAUUUUUCCCCUUGACAUACAUUUUUAGCAUCUUGCGAUUAAAAUAUCCAUCCUGGUGUGUCUGUGUGCCCAACAUACAUGCAGAGAGUCCUUUUCAACAUCUGAAGAUGCUUUGAGGAAACCAAAUCGCUCCGGUUUGAGUCACGCCGGUGACCUAAUGAGCUAAACUGGGCAGCGUUUUAAUCACAGAGUUGUUUGAAGGCAGUGCUGGAAAAUGUCAUGUUAGCCUGGAUGCCACUCGGAGAGGUCAUUUGCGUUUGUUCUAAUUUAGUUGGAUUUUAAUCCCUUUUGGAUUCCUGUGUGCAUGCGUGACCUCGGCAGUGUGCUGAAAUUACAAGCUGAGAAAGAUGGUAUGUUCUUGCGUUCUCCGUUUGGUGGAUGACGGGACUGAUGAUUUCAUGUGACGGGUAUAUGGAACCUUAAAACAGUCUUCCCCCGCCAUAUCACAUAUUUUAAAGGGGAAUUACACUGGUUUGCAUUAACAUUGUAUCAAAUAUGUCAUGUAACAUCUAUCUUGACAAUGUGAUGUUAAAUCCUCUCUCAUUUAACAGUGUUUCGAGAAGAUUUUUAUCGACAAUUACGAAUUUUCUGGGGCGCUGCCAUUUUCGUGAGUCACAUGACCUAUGUGCGCGGAUGUGACGUGUUACGUGCCGCAACAAAGGCUUAAUUACUGGGACAACAUUAUGCCCACCGCUGAUUUCUCGGAUUUAUCCUUAUCUAAUGAAAAAAUAGCAGUAUCGGUUGAUCGGGAAGACGGAGGAAUAGUUCCAUACACAGCCGUGAGCGGCACAGCCCCGGAGCUCCCUCGCAUGGUCCCCCGAGCCCCGGAGCUGUGCACGGCAGGUCCGUUUCUUUUCCGCCAGGUCAGCUUUGACGUUGGCCUCUGCAACGGGACCGUGCUGGUGUUAAAUUCCUCAAGUUCGCACCACAAAGCGCCAUUCAGACCAUCAGCACAGCUCACAAGUAUCCCACCGGCAGGCUAGCCAUUCCGCAAAAGGGACAAAAAGAGGUUUGUUGCUAACCAAAACUGCAGCAGCCGCCAACACACCGAUAUUAUUUCAAUUGUGCCUAUCAGGCAUUACGAUUAGGAUUUUCAGGGUGGAUUCCCGAGUCAAAAAAAAAACGAUAACCAAUUACAAGAUGGACCAAUGAGCCUAUUUAAAUGGCCUGCUCAUUCACUUGUCUACCUAGUUGUUUAAAAAUAUAUAUAUUUACAAUAAAUAAUGUCUUUGUUCAUGUAUUUAUGCCAGUGAGGCAUAGUGACAGAAACAGACAAAUUACAUUUACAGACAUUUUUGUUUAUUGCUGUGUCCUGAGAUUUUUCAACUAUGUGUCUCGGCUGGCCUGGGAACGUUUGGGAAUCCCUCCGGAAGAGAAGUGGCUAGGGAAAGGGAAGUAUGGGUAUUCCUGCUGAAGCCCUGCCCCUGCGACCUGACCCCGGAAAAGUGGUAGAGGACGGAUGGAUGGCCUGCAAAGAUGUGUUUUCGUUUCAGCAGCUGCAUUUUCACUACUAAAAGAUUACACCAAUUUCAGUUUUCAUCACACUCGCAGGGUAUGUAGGUGUUGCACCACGUUUUUUUUUUCUUUUGUCACACAUUGAAGCUUUUUUCAGCACAGCACCCUCUGCUGAAGAUAACAUGGUACUGCAUAGAAAUAGUGGCCAAACACACACUUUUGACACACUUUUCAACUGCAAAAGCCUUUAGUUUUGUUUUUUUUUACAGGGUACUACCUGCAAGAUGUUUUUUAAGGCCCUUCCCCCCCCCAAAAAAAAAUCUAAGUGCACACUUCAGUGCAUUUUCAAAUUUAUAUGUUUCCCCCCCUGCAGGUUCAAACUCAAAUAAAAGGCCACUAUAAAGACAUUAGCACCAUGCAUUUGAUAUCCUCCCUCCCUCCUUCCCGGCUUGACAAGCAUGCGCAAGAAGAAGGGGGCAGUUUGUUGACUUUCAACUCCUUUUCUCUCUUUCUCUCCCAGGGCGCGGCGAGCGGGUCGCAGCUCCCUUGCAGGAACCUGCAACGCGCUGCAACUACAUCGCCCACCACCCCCAGAUACACUUUUUCUUUUCUACUCCCCCCCCCCCUCAAAGCGCACUGCAGCAGAGAGACGCGAAGACGUAACACCGGCGACACGAUGGAGCUUCAAACCCUCAGAAUCAUUGCCCUUCUCAGUGUACUUUGUCAUCUCUCUCUGUCCUUUCCCACCCAGAUGCCAUCUGCACUUGACAACAUCGAGACGCCUCUCCGGGUGAACAUUUCCCACUCGGGUGUACUUUACGCCUCGCUGGGCCGAGCCGUCAUCAUCCCCUGCUCGGCGUCCUCGUCGCCUCUCAUGCUGCCGCGGGUCAAAUGGACCCUGGUGUCCGGCGAGACUGAGAAACAAAUCUUAGUGGCGCGGGGCGGCAGGGUGAAAGUCAACGAGGCGUACCAAGGCCGUGCCGAUUUGCUCAACUACCGCUCUUGGCCCGAGGAUUUGUCAAUGUGGCUCUUGGAAACGCGCUCCAGCGACUCGGGGCACUAUCGUUGCGAGGUGCAGCAGGGUCUGGAGGACACCAGUGACAUCGUCCAACUCAAGGUCAAAGGUGUCGUAUUCCAUUACAGGGAUGCCAUGGGUCGAUAUGCACUUACCUUCCAUCAGGCCCAGAGCGCUUGCAGGACCGUCGGGGCCCAGAUUGCGAGUUUUAAUCAACUUCAAGCAGCUUAUUUUGACGGCUACGAGCAAUGUGACGCAGGAUGGCUAGAAGACCAGACUGUCAGGUACCCAAUCCAAAUGCCCCGCGAAGCUUGCUAUGGCGACAAGAAUGGAGAACCAGGAGUGAGAAACUACGGGAGGAUGGAUCCGCAGGAUCAUUUUGACGUGUAUUGCUACGCUGAGCAAAUGCAUGGGGAGGUGUUCCAUGACCCCAUCCCACAGCAGUUAUCCUUCAAGGGGGCCCAGACAUACUGCACUGCAGCGGGAGCUCAGCUGGCCUCUGCGGCACAGCUCUACCUGGCAUGGAGCGAAGGCCUAGACAACUGCAGCCCCGGUUGGUUGUCCGACGGCAGCGUCCGCUACCCCAUCAGGACCCCCAGGGAUCGUUGUGGAGGCCCCCAGGCUGGUGUCAAGACUGUGUAUCGCUUCAGCAACCAAACAGUCUUCCCAGACCCGUCGACCCUUUAUGAUGUCUAUUGUUUCAGAGCUAAUGAAACUACACCAACUGACUCUACAAUAGACAGCACAAGCACACCAGAUCCUGGAACCCUUGAAGAAGAGGUUGUGAUCUUAAUGAACGAUGACAAAGAACUGCCGCUUGACCAAAUUUCGGAACAAAUCGAACGGGAGGUUCAGAGCGUUUUGGAAACCAUCCCCCUUUUCUCAGGCUCUGCCACUGAAGCAAAUGCGCUAGAGGAGCAGCCAAAGUUUUACACACCAGAGCCUCCUUUGAGCACCACUAAUGCUUUAAAUCACCUCAGAGCUUUUAACAUAACAUCCUAUUCUACAGAAAAAAUUGAUGAUGACUUUGGACAUACGACAGAACCGACAAAUAGUACUAUCCAAAGCAUGAAAAUUCACGAUUUCCCUCAAAAUGUCUCACUCCAGUCCUCUUUUUAUAAUAGCACAGAUUCACACCAGAACUUUUCUUCCCAGCUAUCUAACCUAGAAAGCACAACGUGGCUCCAGGAGUCUGACGCAACAUAUGCCCAGAACUUGACAGACGCCAUCUCAGAAGAGAGCGCACAGCCACUAGAGAAGCUAAUGUUGUUGCAGGGUUUGGAUUUAAACAGUAUUCACACUGAGAUGAACCAAAAUAAGAGCCAAGUGGACAUUCUGGUAACUCCCCCUGUAACUGUGGACCCCGCAGAGAAAUUAGACCCUGAGGCACCAUUAAUCCAAACAACCGAGGGCCCUGCAGAUCUCUCCUUAUUGUGGAUCCCUCUGAGUGGUUCUGGGGAUACUUCUCAAGAAAGUCGCCAGGAAAUUGAGGUUUUCAACUUCAUCCCCAAGUUAGAGUCCACCACGCAGAGGACAGCUCCUGGCUCAACCAGUCACACUACUCCAGAGUCUUUGACAACCAUCCCAGAUCUGACCACAACGUCCGAGCCAAAGUAUUCUCCCAGUCUUGGAUCGGGUAAUCGCUCGAAACCUCUGCGGCUGUGGGAGUCUCUCACCGCACAGGAGGGAAGCACGAGCUUGGAAACUGAAGAUAGCAUGGAAAGCGAUGAAAGGCAGCUGCUUCCAACAAGGUCUACCCAUUUUAGGGUAAGCUUGCCCACCACGGGAGUUCCCGAGGUGUCCUCUGAAGUGCCUACAGACUCAAAGAGAGCUCUGUAUCAGUCAUCAGGUAAUGGAGUCCACUUUGACAGCUCCACGCUGAGCUUUGAGGAGGCAAGUGGACACGAACCCGAUGUAGUUCCUGCGCUGACUCAAGGCCGCAGUCUUUUUAACUCAACCACCAAACAGAAAAUUGAUAAAGAUGCCAUUGGAGAAGGUGUUAUUGUAGCUCGAAGUUUUGGUGGGAAUUUUUCACCCAACAGAAACGUCAGCGGGGAAAUGAACAUUGUUGCAAUUCUCGAAGAAACGGAUGAUGUUACCCCAAGUCCCGGAGAAGAACCCGAAAUAACGUCAACUUUUGAAGUGGAGACUGAAGCUAAGCUACAUCCAAUCGAAGGAACUGCCAUCACACGCAUGUUCGAAGAGAUUAAAGCUACGCACAAACCAGAAGAAGAAAUUGCAGUCACGGCGAUAUUUGAAGAGGAUGCGACGGCAUCACUAACCCCGAAGGAAACUCAAGUUACACCAAUAAUUAAAGAGGAGGCCAAAGCUACUGUUACUCGAAACGAAGGGUCUACAGUUACACCAUUAUUUGAAGAAGCUGAAGCUUCACUAACCUCAAAAGAUGAAAAUAAAUAUAUACCAGUGAUUAAAGAAGAGGCCAAAGCUACGGUGACCCCAAAAGAAGGGUCUACCGUAACACAGAUGUUUGAAGUAGUUAAAGCUACGCUAAACCCUGAAGACAGAGCUACACUAACACCAAUAUCUGAAGAGGCUAAAAUAAUGAUAAGCCCAACAGAUGAAACCAAACUUAUGCCCAUAUUUAAAGAUGAUGCCAAAGGUACGGUAACCCAAAAAGAGGGAUCUACAUCCACACAGAUGUUUGAAUUUGAGGCCAAAACUACGUUAAACCCUGAAGAAUCAACUGAUGUUAUGCCAAUAUUUGAAGAAGAGGCUAAAGAUAUGCUAAACCUUGAAAGAGUAAAUCAAAGAUUAGACCAGGGGGCGACCAGUACCCCAAACACUGACAGAGAUACGACAACACCAGCCCAGCAUGAAGAAGCAACGGGAGUAUUUGAAGAUGGAGCUAAAAUCAUCUUGAGAGAAAGUGUUACUCCAUCCUUUCACGAGAGAGUAAGCGCACUCCUUGAGGCCGAACAUCAAGAAACUACAACAGCGCUUGAUGACAGCACCUCCACCGGACCGGCGUCCGAGGAGGAGAUCGUCGUCUUACCGUUCACUUCCGAGGAGGCCAACUGGGCUCUUCUAACCACCACAGCCGAACCCCAAGAGUCUCUGAAGGAUUUGGAGAUCAGCACCCAAUCCUCGUCCUUCUCUUCCACGGUCAGGACAACCACCUGGCGGUCCAAGCACACCCUAAGUCCACCCACCACCGCCGCUCCCGACGUCUUCCCCGGCACGUCUGAGUCCUGGAAAUCGACGACCCCCACACCCGGCUAUGAACACACCCAGGCUUCCAACGAGAGUGCGGCGGCGGCGAGCGGUAAAGUGAAAGUGGCAGAUGCUUGCUUUAAUGAGCCGUGCCACAACGGGGGCACGUGCCUGGACCGAGAGGACCGAAUUCAAUGUCUGUGCUUGCCCACGUACGGGGGAGACCUGUGCGAACAGGACCUAGAAACCUGCGAGCCAGGCUGGGACAAGUUCCACGGCUUCUGCUACCGACACUUCAGCCAGCGUCUGAGCUGGGAGGUGGCCGAGCAGCACUGCCGGAUCCAGGGUGCUCACCUGGCCUCCGUCAUGACCCCCGAGGAGCAAGCCUACAUCCACAACAACUAUAAAGAGUACCAAUGGACCGGCUUGAACGAUAAGACUAUUGAGAAUGAUUUCAGGUGGUCCGACGGCAAUCCGUUGCUGUAUGAGAACUGGUAUCGAGGGCAGCCGGACAGUUACUUCCUGUCCGGCGAGGACUGCGUGGUGAUGGUGUGGCACGACGACGGCCGCUGGAGCGACGUACCCUGCAACUAUCACCUGGCGUAUACCUGCAAGAAAGGCACAUCGUCGUGCGGCCCACCGCCGAAGGUCCGGAACGCCUCCACAUUCGGGAAGCCUCGGCAGCGCUACGAGACGGACGCCGUGGUACGUUAUCACUGCACUCGGGGGUUCCAGCAGAGAUUGAAUCCACUGAUCCGCUGUCAGUCCGGGGGAAACUGGGAGAGGCCCCAAAUCCAGUGCAUCCCAGAGUCUGGAAGUCUUAACACCGAUGCCGAAAUGACAUCGUCGACAGACGGUAACUUGGCCGCUCUACAAGACGGUUUUGAAACCACAGAAAUGCCACUUUACUGGGAUAUCAAGUUUUAAAAGCAGCCCCCUUACACACACACAUUUUUUUUCCAUACGUGCUACAUCCUGCUGUCAUCCUUGACAAGGUGAAAACUUGCUUUUACCGAUUAAUGUUCCACACAUUUCAAAAAGUCUGGUUCCUUUUGUUUGUACACAUUGCAGAAUGGUGCUAAUACAUUCAAUAUGACAUAUCCUUUGUGCUCAUGUUUUCUGUCCAGAUUAGGAGUGUGUAGUAACAUACCUGCUUUUUCAAAACAAUCCCACGCACGUUUUUGGAGACGCAGUUUUGUUCGUCAGCUUUAUGUUGUAAUAAAGUUUUGUAGAACAGAGCAAAGAAUAAAUGGUUGUCUUA